CACGUGAUCAAUGAAAUCAAACACUAAAAAAUAUCAAGGGAUAACUUCAGGAGAUUAGUCAUUUUCAUCGCUAGUAUAAGAGUCUAGAUUUAGACGUGGCAUCUAGUUCAACUUAUAUUUUAAUUAUGUUUUUUUAUACUUUUUAAAACUUGAUGACUAGUCUAUAUUUAUGGUGUUAAAAAUAAACAAAAGAAGAGAAAUGGCAAUGUAUUGGAUUCUCGUGUCAUUAUCUAUGAUGUCCGCUGACGUAAAAUCUUCUUUACUCCAUCCCUGUCCAGUAGCAUAUGUUGGCGAAUCCUACAAAUUAGAAUGUUCUGGGAUGACCACAGAAAGAAGGUUUAUCGUUUGGACUCCAGAAGAUAAAGAAAAUCAAACCAGUGAAGAGAUAAGUCGCCAAAUUCUCAAACCUACCACAAUUUCUGGAAUUUCCACGAAUACAUCACGAUAUAGAAUAGAAUACCGGUCUUUUUUUGGCCAUUAUUUUAGCAACUUCAUAAUUUUAAACGUCACAGAGGAUGAUAGAGAUACAGUCAUCACCUGUGUUGUCAUCGAAGAGGCUCUGUCUGAACAAGACGUUAUAAUGACUUGCCGACUUCCGGUCUUUGACUUUACCCUACCUCCAUCUUGCCGCGCCUCGCUGAUCAUGCCAGACGUGUCAUUCGUCUGCGUCUUUCACAAAGUUCAUCCAAAGGUCAAAUGUGAAUUCGGAUACGAUAAAAACGAGUUUCAACCGGAAGUGUCUGUAGAUUACGUUGUCAACCCAUUGACUCCAUUCUUACCUGACUAUUACAAUAUAACAUGCAAAGGUUUGUUAAAGUUGAAGAAAAACAACUACCAAACAAUCUAUUUUGUGAGAUUCUCACCCAUUUUUGAGUUAGGCUUCGAAGUCGAGAAUAACAAGAUCCUAACCCGUGUCCAAGAGGUCACUCUUAAGUUUUCUCCCCGAGUGGUCAUCAACAGUCCAUCUUAUAUAAGUCUUUGUCCACCUAAUGUAACUAGAAAUGUGACAGUUUACUGCUCGGCCACUUCGUCAUCCCAGAAAAUAAAGCUUCACUUGUUUGUUGACAACGAUAAAGUUAUACCGCAGAAGCCGCCGACAAUGAAAGAUGGUAGGCUCUAUAUCACAAUGCAGGAAUACACCGUAGAAGUUGACAGACAUUUCGGAAACAGAUCUCUUAGAUGUCAACGCGGACGUUUCUCUAAUGACACUGCCAGAAUAGAUGUAUUUGUUCCACCAGCUUCCAAUCCUUUGUUUGUUUUAAACGGAGGAAUGGUAAUUAAUCAGAUAACUGUCAUCCCAGGAGAUGCUAGGCUUUCAAUCACGUGUCUUGUUAACAAAGGGACUCCACGUGUCUCUAACAUCAGUGUUGUCUGCUAUUUCGUAAACGGAGCCAGAUUCCUUGAUAAACAUAAUUCUUCGAAUUUGGUCAUUUUCACAAUUUACGGGAAAUCCCUUUCUGUGGAAUCUAACUGUAUUUGUACAGCUCAACACAUAUCCGGCUGCUAUGAUGAAAAAGCAUCUCUUAAAAUUUCUAUUAAUGGAACAAAAGAGAAUCAUGUUCAGUCAGAAGAUACAACUGACUACAAGUCUAUAAUCUACAUAACUGUGAUCAUUCUCCUUCUUAUUAUCAUCAUUGCCAUGUCUGUAUUUAUUCUGCGUUAUCGAAAGGCUUUUUACUAUUAUUAUUUGUAUAAAAAAUACUACGUACGUAUUCCAGAAGGAUGUGACCGUUUUGGCUCAGCUAUUCACUUUUACAAAUAUGUUUCUUCCUUUAAAGUGCCCAAACCCAACCCGCCGCCACCCCGACGUUUAGCGCCGAGUUGUCCAAGCGACAUUGAUACCGAAGACUUAACUUCCUCUUCGGAAGUCAAAUAUUAUAGAAGUGCAAUGGCUCUGUAUUGGAUCUACGUGAUCUUACCUAUAAUGUGCAACGAAGUGACCUCUUUUGUAAUCCGCCCCUGUCCAGUAGCGUAUGUUGGCGAACCCUACAAACUACAAUGUAAGGGAAGGACCAACACAGAUGGAAGCUUCAUCAUCUGGAAUAAAGAGAAUAAAGAAAAUCAAACCAAUGGGGAAGUUAGUCGCUGCUACCUUAAUUCCACCUGUUUUACUAACAGUACAUCGCGUUACUUUGUUAACAUGACAUCAAGUUAUGAACUGCAGUUUUCCUACACUUUUGCUAGUACGUUUAUGAUCUUAAACGUCACAGAGAAAGACAGAGGUGCAGUCAUCUACUGUGGAGUCAUCUACGAGAUACCUUCGCUGUCUGAACCAGAGACCGUAAUGGUCUGCCGACUUCCAGUCUUUGACUUCACCCUGCCUCCAUCGUGCCACGCCUUACUGUACAUGCCAGACGUAUCCAUCGUCUGCGAUUUCCAAAGAGUGCAUCCGAAAGUGAAAUGUGAAUUCGGUUACGAGGCCAACGUGUUUCAACCGGAAGUGCCCGUGGAGUACACCGUGAAAACAUUAACUCCCACCUUACCUGACUAUUAUAAUAUAACUUGCAAAGGUUUGUUGAAGUUUAAAGAUAGUUACCGUACGAUAUACUAUGUCAAAUUCUCACCCAUUUACGAAUUAUACAUCAGUGAAGAAGGAAUUAAGGACCAUGGUCGUGUCCAAGAGGUCACUCUCAAGCUGUUUCCCCGAGUGGUCAUCAACAGUCCAGCUUACAUUAGCAUUUGUCCACCUAAUUUGACUAAUACUAUGAUUGUUUACUGCUCGGCUACUUCGUCUUCCCCAAGCGUGUCGCUAAACUUAUUUGUGGACAACGUUAAGGUCAUGCCGCAGAAGCCGCCGAGGCAGCUUCUUAGUGAGCUCUACAUCACCAUGCAGGAAUACACAUUACAAGUGGACCAAAAUUUUCAAAACAAAACUCUACAAUGCCAACGUGAAGGUUUCUACAAUGACUCUGCCACAGUAGGUAUUGUCAUUCCACCAGCAUCCGAUCCUUUGUUUGUCUUGGAUGGAGGGAUGGUAAUCAAGCAUAUCAAUGUCAUUCCUGAAAAUUCCAAGAUUUCUAUGAAGUGUCUUGUUAACGACGGGUUCCCUUUCGUCUCUAACAUUACUGUCGUCUGCUAUUUUUUAAAUGGAACCUGGCAUCUUAAAAUACACAAUGCUUCAAAUUUUGUCUUUUUCACCAUUUACGGAAAAUACCUUCCUCUUGAGUCCUACUGUAUUUGUUCGGCUCAUCAUCUGUCUAGUUGCUAUACCAAAAAUGCAUUACUUAGAAUUUCUGUUAACGGCGCCAAUGAGAGAGUUGCUCGGUCAGAGGAUGAGCUUUACUAUGAGUUUAUUAUUUACGUAGUAGCAGCAUUAGUGAUCAUUAUCCUUGUUUCCAUAAACAUUGCCAUGUCAGUAUUUUUUGUGCGCCAUCGGAAAUCUCCGAACCAUCAUCAAAAUCCUUACGCUGAUAGUUCAAAAAUAUAUGACCGAGUAAGCAAAUCUACAGAAUCCCAAACUUAUGAAUCGCCAGGCGAAACUUCUAUGCUAUCAGGGAGCAGCUUAUCCGUCAGUACUUCAGAUUUCGUCGAGACUUUGAACAAUAAUCAUAACCCUAACCAAAAUAUGCGUUUUGUAAAUCUGAAGAUGGCUUCUCUAGAAGGAAUCAAUACACCCGAGCUACCACCGCGAACGAAAUUAUGCUCAGAUUAUGAAGGAAACUAUAUUACCGAAAACUCAGAGAACGCUUAUCAAGACACAUUGAAACAAUCUUCAGAACAAAGACUUACGGAAAGGCAACAAAUAGAUGACGGUAAAAGACUUUGCAGUCAUAAAGAGUCUACCAUAAGACUUAAAGAAAGUGUCUCGACAAACUCAAGAGCUGAGAAAGACUUCGAUAAUGAACACUGUAUUUUUUAUAGUCAAAACUAUGAAAAUUGCGAAAUUCCAACUAAUUCUUUUUGUUAUUUUGAUACACCUGCCACCGAAACUCCGAAGCCGCAAAAUAAACUGGGCCAUGGUUCUGGAGGAAAAAUCUAUUUGGAAGACCCGGAGUCAAAUUUUUCGAAUGAAUAUAGUUCUACCUCCGAAAUUAAAAGAAUAAGAGAAAGUUACAGAUUGCGCACAGAUAAGAAAAGGAGUGGCAAAAAAAAACGAAGCGAAUAUCUUUCGACUUCUUCUGAAGAGAUGCUACCGCAAACUAUAAGUAACACAAGAGGAAGUUUGUUGAUCUCUUCAGAAGAGAAGUUACCGCAAACUGUACGAAAUACUAGAAGUUUGUUGACCUCUUCAGAAGGGAAGUUACCGCAAACUGUACGAAAUACUAGAAGUUUGUUGAUCUCUUCAGAAGAGAAGUUACCGCAAAGUAUUCGAAAUUUUAGACGUUUGUUGACCUCUUCAGAAGAGAUGCUACCGCAAACUAUAAGUAACACAAGAGAAAGCUUAUUGACUUCUUCAAAAGAGCUGUUAUCACUGACUUCAUCAGAAGAGAUUUUACCUAAAACUGUACAAAACACAAGAGGACGUUUCUCGACCUCUUCAGAAGAAUUGUUAUCACAAACUAUAAGAAACGAUAGGUCAAAUGGUACAAAAAGCUCCGACAAUGAACGAAGUUGUUCCCAUUCUGUUCGAAAACCUCAAUGCAAAAAACGUCCACCAAGUGAGACAUUAAGCUUCAAGAGCUCUUCUUCUACCCUCCCUCUGUCCCAUUCUGAUAGCUGUUUUUUUAGUGAGUCAGAUAACAUCUCUGACAAAAGUUGUCUUGAGGGAUAUCAUAUCAUUUCUAACCCUCUGGGAACCACAAAGCACAGUGUAAACACGGACACAGUCAGCCUCUCGGAUGUACCUUCAGAUCAAGAUCUCGACAACGAGAUUGGAGAAAACUGCGUGGCCACAUUAAUUAACAUAAUUAAUCCUUCUUCUGAAGAUGACCUUUAGACGUAGACAUUCUUUAAAGUGAUGUUUCAAACAGUUUAUUGGAAAAAUUUCAAAAUAUGGAGCCAGUGUAAACUCCGAGAAAGCAGUAGUAAAAUGUGUCUGGGUUAUGGUUUGAGCACAGACGACAAUCCAAAACUCUAUCAGUAGCGUAACGAGGUGAGGGUGGCCAUUUCGGGGACCGAAGCGUAGGUAGGGGGUGGGGAGGACAAAUUGGCAUCACAACACUAUAUAAAAUAUUAACCAAAAUUCACUUAACCUGUUUAAGAGCUGCAAUAGGUCAGUUCAUUUGUCUGACUUAGUCUGAUAUGUAAUUUUUAAGGUGUCCCCAACACAAAGUCUUAUUUAACAAUUGGACAAUCACGUCCAUUAAGGACGUACGUCAUUUACAUGUGUGUCCCUGUUGGCCAAGAGUCUUCUUAUCUUAUCUUAUAUAAUACAGACGUUACUUCAGAAAAGAAAGUAAAUAAAUGUAGUGACUUUCUUACUCCAGUGUUGAUUGCUAGAAUAGACAUUGAUCAUACUAAAUUAACUUAAAGUACUCAGCCAGGUAGCUUCUUCUUCGUGUAUACAUAAUACCCACUACCAGAAUCAUACCACUAUACUGAAGGACCAGCAACACUUAGCAAUGUACAAUUGGGGUCCAUCUACACCCCUUAUAGACAUCUGUCUAUAUACCGAUCUUUAUAGUGGGUAGUGCAACAAAUGUUCUGUACACAUUUCUAUGUUUUCCCGCUCUAAUUCUGACAUUAGCAAGCUAAAUGCACAUUGUUUUUAAAUACAUUUUUAUUUGAUGAUUAUGUCCUACGUUUUUAAACACAUUUUUAUUUGAUGAUUAUGUCCUACGCGUCAUGCAUUCAGUCAUGCAUGUUAACCAGUGACCUAAAUUCUCCCUGGCUAGCUCAGGCAACCCAUUCCAUGCUCUAAUAGCACUAGGGAAGAAGGAGUAUUUGUACAAAUUAGUCCUAGCACAUGGGGAGGGGGGAACGGGGUAAACAUUGUUCCAUUGUAUUUUAAUAUAACAUUCAUUUGUUUAUUAAGAGAGAAACUAUCGAUCUAUGCAAUGUAUAAAGGACAUUUUGUCUUUAUAAAAAAGUAUUUUAAUUGUUUUAUUGUAAAAAAAAAAAAGCGUUGAAUAGUCUAAACUUUAUAUUUUUAAGCAAAAAACAAAACAACAACAAACAAACAGUAACAAAGAAAAAUAAGAGAAAGUAAUACAAAGAAAUGCAGAGGUAACAUAAGGGAAUCUAAAAAAGCAAGAAACUGAAAUAAUGAUAGGAAAAGAUUUUUCAAAUAAAUUAAUGUAAUAAUGCCGUGGACGCUAAACUGAAGGAUCACGGUUGCAAACCAACUAUCUCACAUUCGGCAGUUGAUUUUCGUUUUAACUCUCCAUUAUGGUCUCUGGAUAGAUGCCCUUUAAACUACGCCUAUACUUUAGUGACACUGGAGUCUCAUAUUGUACAGUUGGUGCACCAAUUAUGAUCUGUCGACCGUCUUUCUAAAUUCCUAUCUUUCCAAUGGACUAACCCCUCAUGCAUGAACAAACUUACUUACUUAGACUUAGGUCCUCCCGCGCCGUUCGGCGCAUUGGGCGGCAAGCUGUCUCCAUAGAGAGCUGUCGUUGGCAAUGUCUGAAGCCUCCUCCCACCUGGUGUCCACUGUUCUGAGAUCCUCCAUGAAGGUGUGUGGCCGAGUAAUACGAGGACAUCCCUGUUUGCGCUUUCCUCGUAUUGGCCUCCAUGUCAUCGCAACUCUUGGUGUGCGUAAUUCAUUUUGACGUAGAACAUGUCCCGCAAACCUCAUGCGACGAUCUGUCACAAACCUCACUAAGUUAACUUAGUUAACUCACUAAGAACAAACAAGAAAAUAAAAAAUAAACAACUUUCUUUUUAAAACAAAGCUGAUAUUAAAGCGUGUUGUAUCACUUAGUUUGGGUCACUCAUGAGAUUAAAUUUAUACUAGAUCUAGAGUAACUAUAAUAAAUCUGUGCGAUUAGAAAUAUGUUUAUCACUUUCUUUUAUCUUUCUCAAUAUGCUAUGACCCAAUUGCUUGUCUGGAUCAGUUGGUAGAGGGGUGGGAGGAGAAGGAAGGAGUUACCUGGAUGAAUAUUAACGAAAGACCUGGAUUCGAACUCGAGUGAUCGAGCUCAAUAAAUCCUCUUCAAACUAAUGUACGAACCUCUGUACCUCUGCUUAUGAAAAUGGAAGGUUUGUAGUUAUCUAUUGUUAGUUUCCAUUUUUUAAGCAAAGUGUAAAGGGGACUAAUUCAACAUAUACUACCAUAUCAGUCAAGUACAAUUUUUUCCCUUGUUCGAGACCCAAAAAAAAAGUUAAUUUUUUUGAAACUGAUUCUUCUGUUGUCAAGUAAAAGAAAUAAUUUGGGUGUGGGAGAAAUAACGUGCACAAACAAUUUACCAGACAGACAAACAGACACAAAGUGAGUUGAUAUACGCUUUAUAAAAAGGGCAUGUCCUAGAAAAUUGAAAUUUGGCAUUUUCUUUUUAACAAAUAAGAAAAACAAAUUCUGAAAAUCAUCUAGACUCAACUACAGAAUUUGCAGACAUUAAAUCGAAAAAAAAACAACAAAACAGAAUCAAAAGAUUAUUGAACGCGGCUAAUUUAAAUUAACAAUCAGGGAACCAAACUUUGAUAAUCUGUCAUCUCAGCACAAACAAUUUCAUCCUUUUUAUUAAUCCAGAUAAAUGUUAUUUAUAAUAUAAGUUUAAUAUUUAUGUAAGUAGAAAUAAUAAUUUGUUUAUUAAAUAAUUAUUUUGUGUACGUACCAAAACAAUACAAAAUGAUAUUUUGAUUGUUAUUCGAACUGAUCACUCUUUCAAUGACCAUACAGUUUAAUUUAACGUUUUCAUACUGUGGCCAGUCAUCUUAGGGCCCAAUGGACAUUCUGAUAUUGUGUCGAAUUUCUUCAUUUGUUGUAAGGUCAUUGUCAUGGAUACCUAGGAUCGUUCUACGUCAUUUCAAUUCAAUGAUGACAGGAGCAGCGGGUGUAAAGUGUGUGUGUGAGAGAGAGUGUCGUUAAUUAGUUUGUUUAUUUAUUUGCUGUGAUUUGUGUUUUUUAACACGGGUAUUUUAUUCAGGGGAUGUUAAUGUGUGUUAGACCAGUAAUUACUUGGAGCUGCUGUUCUGGUCAGGACUAAAGUAUGAGGGGGAUACAUUUAUUUUCUUAUGUACUGCCUUGGUACAGCUCACAAGUCUAACGGCUAAAUAUGUUGGUUACUUUAGCUUCAAUUGUUACUAUCUAUUUUUAUGUCACUUGUGUAAACGCCCAGGUGCUGUCAAAGGUACUUGGUCUAUUUUGUUAACUGUUUUAUUAUUGUUAUUGCUAUAUAUUAUAUUGAAUAUGGAAAAAAAAAGUCUUGCAGUAAAUAAAUGUAGUGACUUUUUUACUCCUGUGUUGAUUGUUAGUAUAGACAUUGAUCAUACUAAAUUAACUUAAAGUACUCAGCUAGGUAGCUUCUCCUUCAUGUAUACAUAAUACCCAUUACCAGAAUCAUACCACUAUUCGAGCCUAUUGUAAUACAGAAGGACCAGCAACACUAGCACAGUACAAUUGGUGUCUAGAAAACAUCAUUAAAAAGGCAUCAAAAACGGAGCGGUACAAAAACUCCUUCAUACCUCACUCGGUCAGACUCUAUCACCGCCACUCUUUGAUCAGGGAACAUGAAAUGCACCAAGAUACCUGUGUGUAGUCGCUGAACGAACUCUUUAUGUUGUGUCUGUUGUAUUUAUGUGUAUUUUUCUGUUGUGUUGUCUUUAUAUGAGAAAAGAGUCCUUGUAACCACAACAAAUUUCCGUAAGGAUCAAUAAAGCAGUCUUAGUCUUAGUCUUAGUCCAUCUACACCCCUUAUAGACAUCUGUCUAUUUACCGAUCUUUAUAGUGGGUAGCGCAACAAAUGUUCUUUACACAUGGCUAUGUUUUCCCGCUCUAAUUCUGACAUUUGCAAGCUAAAUGCCCAUUGUUUUUAAAUACAUUUUUAUUUGAGCCAAUGCCAUAGAUCGAUUCUUUUACAUAACUUAAAUAUUGAUAUUACUUUGUGAAAAAAAAAACAACAACUUAAUCAUUGAAGCAUAGACAUUUAGUUUAGCAGUAUCAAAAUGUACACAAUAACUACCUUCUGGCCUUUCAACGCUUUUUUGUUUUCUGUACACCGGAUAUACAGAAGUACAAGCUUAUCUUAUCUUAUCUUAUAAAAUACAGACGUUAUUUUAAAAAAAGAAGAUGAUUACCUCCUACGCGUUAUGCAUCUAGUCAUUCAUGUUAACCAAUGACUUAAAUUCUGCCAAGUCACUGGUUUCCCUGGCU